GAAAUAAGAUUUUACACUUGCUCUUGCUGCUUUGAUGGAAGGGAGAGCUGAGCCAUGUCAUGAAAAUAAAAAAUGAAAGUGUUUUCUGUCAUUGAACGUUAAUUUAUGGUGUAUGUGUUAAAUGCUUGUGAAAGUUUUUAAUUAACAACCCUGUUAAAUGCGAGUGUCUACAUCACAAUGGGCCUGGGGAACGUCGGCUCAUUGGCGGUUGUAUCAUUCCCUUAAACUGUUUAGAAAGAAAUGGCUUGGUUCUAUCGCAAAUGAAACAUUUGUAGACAACAGUAAAAAUAAUGUUCAUGGGAAAAGGCAUAGCACUGUAAAUCUAAGGCCGGUUGGACACCACAAGAAAAGAAAAACUGGGUAUAACUUCAGACGAAGUAGCUCGUCAGCUUACAUACAUUCAAAAGUGUCAGAUAAUUUAUUGAGUGAUAAAGAAGUGAAUCAGAAGUUAUGGAGCAAUGAAAAAAAUGUGGCGUUAAAGAGUGAAAAAAUAGUGCGUUGCGAAACGAAUCAAUUAGCAUCGAAUGAACCAAAUGAAGACCAGCUUUUUAUGACUAAAUCUAAAUCCAAUGAUAGCGUAUUAGUUGGUGUGAUUGAUGGACAUGGAGGUAGUUUGUUUGGUGUACAGACUAAGCAACGAUUACCAUAUUACUUGCAUGCAGCAUUAAUUGAUAACAGUGUGCAUUGUAACAACAAUGACUUUCAACCAAGUGAUUUAUUUGAUAAUGUUUUAAAUAAAGAUGCAGUAUCUGAAAAUUUACCCUGGUUUAAAGAUAUUAAUUCAUAUUUGAAUGAUUCAAGAGAUAAUAUUGAUCUCAAUAGCAGUGCUGGUAACAUAUUAUCCUAUGUUUCCAGUCCUCUAAAACAGUUAUUUGCAACUGGAAAUACUGAUGAGAAUCAAAUUCCUUUAAAUUUUGGUGUUAGCCAAGCUAUUAAGGAAGCUUUCUUACGGCUUGAUACAGAUAUGAUAUCAGAAAUGAAGUAUUUAGCUGACUCAAACCAAAUGAAUACACACAACUUGGGAGUAGCUUUGUCAGGUUGUUGUGCUCUUGUUGCAUAUUUGGUCCACGACGAAUUAUAUGUUGCUAAUCUUGGAGAUUGCAGAGCCGUUUUAGGAAGUUAUUGUAAUGGAAACUGGUCAGCAGUACAAUUGACCUAUGAUCACACUGCAGCUUCCAGUCCUGAGGAGAUUCAGCGCAUCCUAUCAGAACAUCCUGCUGAUGAAACCCGUAGUUGCAUACAAUAUGGCCGCUUGUUAGGACGGUUAGCACCUUUAAGAGCGCUGGGAGAUGUCCAAUUUAAAUUAAGUGCCUCAGAGCUUGGUGAUAUGUUUAAGACUUUACCAAAAUUUUCUCCCAUGCAGAAUCUUAAAACUCCCCCCUACCUAAGUGCAGAACCAGACGUUUUUCAUUACAAACUGGAGAAGAGUGACCGAUUUAUUGUGUUAGCUAGUGAUGGCUUGUGGGAUAUGCUAGACAAUGAAGAGGUGAUCGAACUUGUUGCAGCUUACCUCGAGGGAAGGAGAAGUGAGAAAUUACAAGAAAGAGCGCAUUUAUAUGGUGUAGCGAACUGUGACGCCAUUUUAGCAGAUCCGAAUGCGUUUAAAGAUUCGGAGGAUGAAAAUAUUGCGAGUUUUUUAAUUCGUUUCGCACUUGCAGGAUACGAUCGAAAUAACCUUCGAGCUAUGAUGUCUCUCUCGUAUCCUGAUGUGAGAUUGUAUCGUGACGAUAUAUCUGUCGCUGUUAUUUUCUUGGAAAAUGAUGAUGGAAACAUGGUUUCGUGAAUGGAAAAUAAAUAUUUCUGGUUUUAAAUAUUCUUAUUUAAUUAUAAAGUGUAUCUAACAUUAAAAAUGCAACCUUUUUUAUUAUGUGUGGUGGUGUUUUGUUUUUUACUGUUUUAUUCGUAUAAUUUUAUAUACAACAUGUCAACAGAAAAAUUCUUAUUCGUA